GGAAUAGGAGGCCGUCGCUGGCUGCGGACAGCAGGGGCGGCUCCCGCCUGGCCGAGGCCCUCAUAUAGGGGCGCGGCGGGGGGCGGGUGGUGUUGGCGGCCAUGUCGUGGGGCUGCGGGCUGUGCGCGCUGCUGGCGGGCGGCGCCCUGCUGGUUCUGCUGCUGCAGCUGCUGCGCUGGCUGCGAGCCGACGGGGACCUCACGGUGCUGUGGGCGGAGUGGCGGGGGAAGAAGCCAGAAAAUGAGCUGCGUGGCAAGGUUGUCUGGGUGACAGGAGCUUCAAGUGGAAUUGGAGAAGAAUUGGCUUACCAGCUAUCAAAGAUAGGAGCUUUGCUUGCUAUCUCAGCAAGAAGAGAGGAUGAGCUGGAAAGAGUGAAAAAGAAAUGUCUUCAGAUCAGCAACUUGAGUGAUAAAGAUAUCCUUGUUCUGCGUCUUGACUUGACUGACAGAAGAUCUCAUGAAGCUGCCACCAACGAUGUUCUUAAGCAUUUCGGCAAGAUUGAUGUUUUAGUCAACAAUGGAGGACGUUCCCAGCGCUCUCUGUUCGUGGAUACAAACCUGGAUGUCUUCAGUGCCAUAAUGGAACUUAACUACCUCGGCACGAUCUCUUUGACAAAACAUGUCCUGAAUCACAUGAUCCAAAGGAGAAGGGGAAAGAUCGUGACUGUGAGCAGCGUGAUGGGGAUCAUGGGCGCUCCUCUUGCCUCAGGGUACUGUGCUAGCAAACAUGCUCUGCAGCAUGUAUCCAGCUGGUGUCCUCUUGAACUGCAGACUGCAUUUUGUUCACCAGUUACUAAAUAUAUGUCCCUGUCUGACAUCUAUUAUAUAGUUAAACAAACACACCUUGAUUCAUGCCAGUUGGAACUCUUUAGAACGAAGAGGAGUUCAAGAACUGAGGAAAUUAGCCUUUUCUGCAGUUUCUCUACUGAUGUGAUGAAGCUGAUGGAGAUGAUGUGCCAUCCAUCUGGUUGGAAUGUGUGUAAUUGGUGGUGUGUGGAGCGGAUUGGAAAUGGCGAUCUAAAAAAGGUGCCAUCGUCAGGAACUUGUCUAAUGGGCACGUGGGCUGCCCCUUCUUUAUUCAGCCUCUGACCCUUAGGGACAUUUCUGAAGUGAGUUUCUGUCUUAGUAGAAGUCAUUUCAGCAUUGCCUUUCACGGCAUCUUUGAGGAUAUGGUUACAAAGCUGAAAAGGCCCAGAGAUCGUUUGAGGCAGUUCCUGUUCUACAGACCCUAGUGCAGCCUGCUGUAGGGAACCUGCGUUAGCAGCGAGGUCGGACUCGAUAACCUCCAGAGUUCCCUUCUGUGAUUCUGUGACCUGGUGCAGCCUCAGCCAGCUCCUUGUGCCAGAGCUGCCUUCUUCAAGAGGAUCUGUUGAAUUCUCUCUGAGCAAGUGUGCCAGUCGUCGUGUGCUCCGGGUGGGCUGCACCUCUUCUGCAGUGUAAAAACUGCACCAGGAGGGAGGGAAGGGUCACGCAAACCCCUUGAAAUGGAGGGGGAUAGCAGGGUGGUCACAGUACAAACUGCAGCGUGCUGGUUUCCCUGGCUACGUGGAUUUCAUGUUUGCAGAGUCUGCAGCCCUUGGAUGCAAUAAACAGCACUGACAUUGACCCCACUACUCAAACAACACUGAAAAAAUCCUCAGCAGCCCUAUGCUUGGCCGAUGUCUAGACAGGAUCUCCAAGGAUAACUCCAGCUCACUGGACCAAUGCUCAGCUUUUGUUACCUUGCAAUUUGUUCAAUGCAACAAGGCUCCCUUUGUAAUGCUUGGAAGGAUGCAGCAGUCUGAGGGAGCGUGCCAGAGCCCUCUGCGGGAAGCUGUCUGAAGUUGCCUGCAGAGCUGACCUCUUCUGGAUUGUGCCCAUUUUUGGUUAGAAUUUGUAUCCCCGGAGUUCCCCAGUGCCCCAGAUCCCAUCCCGAAUCCCCAGGGAGUGGUAAGAGGGUGAGGGCUGGGGGAGCUCAAGUGCUGCUCAUGUCAUUCAGUAUCGAUGGAGGAACCAACGACUGCGUAUGGCAGGGAGUAUGCUUGCAUAGCUUACUGCUUAGGGUGUCUUUGUAUGAGAGCCUGGGCUUGUAGUCAUUGCUGCAGUAAAUAGCAUACAAAGCACUCAUGUGAUCGAGCUGGCUGUCCUCACCAGCUUGACACACUGCCACCUUCUCCCCUUUAAGCUCCAGUGUUCUUUGCGUGUUACUUUCUACUUAGCUUGGCUGGCAGCACAGCUUCUGUGGUGGAACUGCACAACAGGAGGAUUAAGGUGCUUUUCUGAGAUAAGUGUCCCCUCAGGGAAAGGAGGGGCUGUGGGAGGCACAGGUGUGGGCUACAUUGUGAGCCUGGAGCCGUGUUGGUGCCGUGGCUGAAGGUGUGCACAGGGGUGGAGGAGUACUGCAGGGGAGAGCCUGGGUUUUUAAUCAGUCAUCUGAAUUCUUGGCAGA